AUGAACAGUGGAAAUUCCAAAAGGCUUAAUCUCAGUGAUGCAAUCUCAGAGGGACAGUCUUUGGAUACUCCAUCAGGUACUUCUCCUACAGUGAACACUAGUACACCCUCAAAAGGUGUUCACACCUCAUCAAGUCAUGGUCAAAAUGAAGCAUCGUUUCCUCGGGUUUGUGCACAUGAUAAAACACAUUUCAAUCUUAGGAAUCCAGUCAUAAAAAAAAGCUUUGAAGGACUAGCAGAAACGGACUUUUCAAGAAUAGCAAUUCAACCCAAGACCUUUGAUUCCAAGAAAGGAAACCUGAUUGUGUUUCUUCGUGACAUCCACUACAGACGACAUGAAGGAAUUGGGCACCAGAAGACUCACACAACAUAUAAAUGCCUUGGCUGCCUGAAAAUUCUAAAGAACAUGAAGUUUAUGAACUACGUGAAGCACCAUUUGGAACUUGAGAAGCAUAUGAGUGACAGCUGGGACAGCCACACCACCUGCCAGCACCGCCAUUGGCAGUUUCUCACUCCCUUCCAGAUGCAGGAUCACAGCGAAAAUGUGCACAUCACCCAGGAACCCUCCACUGUUUGUAAAAUCUGUGAGUUGUCAUUCAGAACAGACCAGACUCUCUUACAACACGUGACGGACACGCAUGGUGAAAUACCUUAUGUGUGUCAGGUUUGCAAUUACAGAUCAUUGGCCUUCACUGAUGUGGAAACCCAUUUGAGAACCUACCGUGAAAACACUAAGAAUUUGCUUUGUCCAUUCUGUCUCAAAAUUUUCAAAACUUCAACACUGUACAUGAAUCAUUGUUGGAAGCAUUGAAACAAGACAGUCUUCCAGUGUUCCAAAUGUAGCCAACAGUUGUUGACCUCAAAGGAGAAUAUGGAGCACAAAACCAAGAACCAUCAAACAUUUAAAAAGCCAGACCAACUGGAAGUGUUGCCUCCUGAAACAAAGGUUAUUAUUCAAACUUCAGGUCAAUGAGGAUCAAGAGGCACAACAUCCA